AUGCGAAGGGAAGAUAGAACUAAAGUGCCAGUGACAAACCCCAACGAAGAAUUUGUGGAUAUUUUACAAGUACAACAGUUGCUGCUCAAUGAAACUCGUCGCGAACAACAAGCUUCUUCGCAGGCUUCUCUAUCACAAACUUCGGCCAUGUUGGUACAGCACCAAUCUCACGGUAGAGCUGUGGAAGUUCCACCUGGAUAUUAUUAUGGAGCGUAUCCACCUGCGGCGGGUCCUUCGACGCCGACCUCGACGAGUGUUGAUGAGUUGGUAGCGAUGUGGUUUUCGGGUUCUCAGGCUACCGCAUCCGGUCACUUUGUACAGCUCAACACAGGAUGGAGUAGAUUAUACUCGGUGGAUGAGAUAAGAAAUUAG